CAGCUGUGUGACCAUCGAGUUGACUUCACGAAAUGGUUUGUGCUGGAAUAUAAAACAGUCAAGUUUCCCUCUUCAGGAACUGUUUUCGAUUACUACAUCUGCCCUCAGACCCACACUUUUAAACCAUGGAUUAAUUUGGUGCCUGUGUUUGAAUUUGAUCCAGAUGUUCCACUUCAGGUAAUGUUGAACACAGAUUAUUAUUAUUAUAUAAACUUUUAGCAAGAGAGCCAUAAUACUAAUUCAUUGUCUGAUUUGGGGUGAGCUGGUCGAACCUUAUUGCCCCGGUCAAGACAUCAUGGGCGAGCCUCAUCUUCUGGGCCUUGCCAUAAAGUAAUACCCAUUGGGAAUUAAGGAUACACCGUUUCCUUGGGAGCAAUGGCGACAAUUAAGGUCUCUUUAAGAAUUUAGUCUAUGAAAGUAGUGCCAUGUAGUGGAAUGAGACAAUGGUCAUUUCGUCUAUGAAAGAAGCAACAUGUAGUGGAAUGAGGCAAUGGUCAUUUAGUCUAUGAAAGUAGUGACAUGUAGUGGAAUGAGACAAUGGUCAUUUAGUCUAUGAAAGUAGUGACAUGUAGUGGAAUGAGACAAUGGUCAUUUAGUCUAUGAAAGUAGUGACAUGUAGGGGAAUGAGGCAAUGGUCAUUUAGUCUAUGAAAGUAGUGACAUGUAGUGGAAUGAGACAAUGGUCAUUUAGUCUAUGAAAGUAGGGACAUGUAGUGGAAUGAGGCAAUGGUCAUUUAGUCUAUGAAAGUAGUGACAUGUAGUGGAAUGAGACAAUGGUCAUUUAGUCUAUGAAAGUAGGGACAUGUAGUGGAAUGAGGCAAUGAUCAUUUAGUCUAUGAAAGUAGUGACAUGUAGUGGAAUGAGACAAUGAUCCUUCUGUUGCUAUUCAGAAACAACAAUUUAAAAAAAUGAAACUUAUUAUGCCCACAAUAAUUCCCCCAGCUUACAUAAUUAUUAAUAGCUUAGGUUUGAUUGAUUAAUUGGAUAUUUAUAUCGCGCUGGUAUCUAUGCUACUUAAGCAUGCUCACUGCGCUCUGGUUUUCUUAAAUCUAUUUAAACAAAAAAGUUUUAAAAUGUUUCUUAAAUGAUUAUUUAUCAUUUUCAAUUCCCCUCAAAAUUGAGGCCAACUGUUCCAUAAUUUUGGCACUAUCGCUUCAAUAGAGCGCACUCCUUCAGACAUUUCUCUGUGUUCAUCCACACUGGGAAUUUUCAGUAAGGACUGUGUUGAAGACCGCAGGGUCUUUAAAGAUACAUGUUUAUAAAUCAGUUCUUUAAGAUAUUCCGGUGCAGAGCCUUCUAUACAGCUGUACGCCAGGGACAGAAUUUUGUAGUUAAUGUGUAGUUAUAUUGUUCAUGUAUUGUAGAUUGUAUUAGUCUAUUCUCUUAGUAAAAUUCCUCACAAUACUCCACCCACAGGCAACCAUUGUUCACACAGCAGAAACUCAUAGACUCAGAUUUUUCCUGGACAUGUUGGUUGCCACUCGUAGGCCGGUCAUGUUGGUUGGAGCUGCCGGGACUGGGAAAACGGUCUUGAUGAACAACAAGCUCAAGUCCUUACCAGAGGAAUACAUGAUAGCCAACGUGCCAUUCAACUUCUACACCACCAGUGAAAUGCUGCAAAACAUCCUGGAGAAACCACUGGAGAAAAAAGCGGGGCGCAACUAUGGCCCACCAG